CCUCCUUUCAAGGACAAAAGAUAAAAACUCUUUUCUUGUCUACUCUUCUUUCUCUCUCUCUCUAAAAGAAUCGAAAAACCUCUCCUUUGUUGAAGCUAGGGUUUCUCCAAACGUCGCACUCAAAUUAUACACGACGAGCUUCAGAUCUCUUCAGAAAGACUCAAUCUUCUACUAGGUCGAUCAAUGUUCUUCCUUUUGAUACCAUUUUCUCGACUGGCCGUGAAGAAUCGAAGCUGGGUUGGUUUUAGAUUGUCUUAAGAGUUACUCAUAGCAUGGAGACAACUACUGUGGUCAAGGAAACUCAUCACAGUUGCAGUUCUAAUCUUGUCGCCAAGUCCAUGGAAUCACCCAUAAAGAUUGACUCAAUAUCCAUAGAUCUUAUCAAUGCUAAUGAUGACAUUGAUACUAGGAAGUGUGAACAUUUUUCUAUUCGUGGAUAUGCAUCUGAGAUGCGCAGGAAAGACUGGAAGAAAAGUUGGCCAUUUUCAUUAGAUGGUGGCCAGAAUAUAUUUAAAGAACAGAACUGUAAGCUUCCUCCUUUACUUGUUCCAAAGUUCAGAUGGUGGUGUUGCCAGAACUGUCUGCGGGACAUUGGGGCUGAAGGCAGUAUAAAUGAAGAAAGAAAUGUUACUAAUGAUAGUAGCAAAUUGAAAUCCUUUGGCUCUUGUCCCCUUGUGUCAUCCCUUGGGGAUUCUGUAGUGUCUUCAUCAGGUUUGCUGCAGGCUGGAAAGAGUAAUGUUGACUCAAGAAAAUGUGAUGCUAUUGCUUGUUUGAAUGUUAAUAGCAGUCAUCCUUUCGUUAGUGGUAAAAGUGACAAGAGAGUGGAAAACACAGAUGUACAGGUCAUAGGGCAAACAGAUAUCUUAGAAAAUAACAUUAAUAAGGAGAUUCCGAAAUAUGCUGGAAUAGAAGUUAUUGCUAGCCUUAUGAAGCAAGCACUUUGUUUAGAUGAAAAAGUGGCUUCUCUGCAACAUCAUAAUCCCAAUUUAGAAGAUAAUGAAGUUGCUGGUGUCAAGCUUCCUGAAUCAAAUGUGGAGCAUGCAGUUAAGGAUGCCACUGAAAUACGUCAAACAGGAAAAUCUGCCUGUGAUCAACAGAUGGAGUUGGUAACAGGUUGUGGAUCCCAUGGAAUAGCAAGUACAGUUCAUAGGGUUCCUGAUACUUUCAAGAUUCAUACAGAUGGACAUUCUUCUUUGGAAUUAGAUGAUUGUGAUUACACAUCAUCUGAUAGUGAUGAGGUAUUGCCUGGAACUGCAUCUGGCAGCGUGCAUCGAAGAAAAAACCGUAAGGUGCGUCUGCUGACCGAAUUGUUGGGUAAAAACAAAGAUGAAAAAACUAAUCUCACGAGUACAGAGGAUUCUCCUUCUAGUACCAAUCCUGAUGCGUCCGUACACAUAGAUUCAGUAUCUGCUUCCCAAGGUCCGGUCACUUUCCAUGGAAAUGUUAUGAGUAGUUUGGCUCGUAGAAGGAAAAGAAAGAUGCCACAGGAUGAAGAAUGGAUGCCUGGGGAAUUGAUGAGCUCUCCAAAUAAUGGCCAUAAAAACCUUAGGACCUUCAACAGAGAUGCAGAAACUGCUGAUGGAAUCACAAGUUCUGAUUCAGAAGGUACAAUUAACAGAAGCAGCUUACAGACUCCAGCAAAGAGCAAUUUGGUUAACUUUAAAGUUGAUAGAAGUCCUAUUCUAGGAAAGAAGAAAAACAAAAAGACCCAGAGUAUUGAUCAAUGUCCAUCCUUGCAUCUGUCUCGAGAAAAUCUGCAGAAGGAAAGACAGAAAAAGCCUGGAGAUGCCACUAAGAGUGAUGCCACUGAUAUUGCUUUGUACAAAUCAAAUGAUGUAUCUGCAGGCAGUGGGUUCAAUCCCUUAACUCUAUCUGCCGCAAUGGCAGAAAAAAAGUCUAAUUUGUUGAAGAAAAAGAGCAAGAUGCAUCUAGAUCAUGAUCGGCAAGCUUCUCCAGUUCCUUGGAACAAUGGCAUUCUCAGAGAAGGUCUGACUUCAAGGGAAGAUGUAGAAAUAAGACAAAUUGGGAAUGUAGCUGUUCCUCUUGAAUUAACCCAGGAUGCAUCACCUGAAAAAGGAGUGCAAUUUUCCCUUAGUAAUUGCUUUCCUGCUAAAAGAUAUGAUGCAAAAUGUAGUACUUCAAUAAGAGAUGGGCUACAAUCUUUAUCAUCUUGCCAAGGGUGUGUUCUUAGUGAAUAUGAUACUAGGAGGAAAGAUCUAAACAUGAACCAUGUUGGAGAGUGUACUUUUCCAACUAAAUCUCAAGUUGAUGCCUUCCUUUGGAAGGGUAUGCAUGUUGAUCUCAACAGUAAUCAAAUCACAUACGGAAUACCGUUCCUAAAUGAGACGCAGAAGCACAGAUCUCCUGAUGAAGUUGGGAGUUGUUCCACAAUGCUGCAAAUGGAUUUCAGUGUUACAAGCAACAAUGGGAGAACUAUGGAGUUUCCAGACCAUGCAACAGUUGCCAGGGAGCAUUAUGAUCAACGUGUUGAAAUGGUUUCUGAGCAAGGAGCUGCAGAUGACAUAAUGGAAAUUGCUGAACUCAUGGCAAAGAAUCAGUAUGAACGGUGUCUUCCUGAUACUGAAAUUGAUAAACAGCUGCCAGAAACCAGUAACACCAAAAUUCAUCAGAGGGUGGAUCUUAAUAAAGUAUAUGAAAAUGAAGAGAUGAUCCUGUUUCAAGAGACCCCAGAUAAACUGGAAGCUCAAGCUAAAAACGAAAGAAUUGGCAAGUUUGCAAGAGGCGAUAAUGUGGGAUCCAGCAAGCAAAAGUCAGUGGACUAUUUCUCUCAUAUAGACCGAAACCAGUACAAGAUGAGCCAGUUGGAACAAGGUUACCCCCCUGCAGGCUUUAGACCUUUUCCUCUAUGUGGAGAGAAGCCAUUGAAUGGGGUCCAAUUUUCUGCCACCAAUUCCAUCAGGCAAAACAGUGCUCAAAAUUGCCAGCAGGUAAGGAACAUGGUUGGGCAAAGGUCCUCUCAUGCUAAUGUGCAGGCAUUGGGAGUUUGUAACACAUGCCAGAGUGCUCCACCGCAGAAUAAAGAAGUAGCUCACCUAUGGUCAUCCAUGAUACCGAGUAGCAUGUCCUAUGUGCACAGCAUCCCUCAAAAGUGUGCUGAUCAGGUUGCAAGUUUAGAUGUGCUUUCACAUUGCCCCAGCAGUCUACCUAAGGGAAAUAUGAGCCGAAAUGAUGACCGGAACUUCUUGAAUCUGGCUUCAAACUAUGAGAAGCAUUGUAGGAAGUUUGAUUCUGAAGCGCUUAGAAGGACACAUACAGAUUACUCAUUUUCUUGCAAGCAUAAUGGGGCAGGGCCGUUAGAUCUGUAUUCGAAUGAAACAAUACCAGCCAUGCAUUUACUCAGUCUUAUGGAUGCAGGGUUACAGUCAGGGGCAUCAGUUGAUGUUGAUGGAAACCAAAGAUUUGUUAAGAAAACUUCUUUUGUUCCUGGUCAUCGUCCUAAGGAGUUUUCAAGCAUGCCAUCAGGGGGAUAUAGAACCAAUUCAAUGAAACAUCUAUCAUUUGAUUGCUACAGUAAAAACCACCUACCUGAGAGUUUCUGUGAGUGUGUGUCAGCCACUCCAGCAGUCGGUCCUUCUACUUCAUUCCAGCAUGGUAAAAGUUUCAAGAAAGCACCUGAUUUUGUGGGUCAAAUUUCACUGAAGUCUCGAGAAAAAGAGAAAAACAAAUGCUCAGACUCGCAAAGGCAGAGUAAAAACCACAGAUCACAAAAAACUUCAUCUUCAAAUAGUGGCUUAAACACAACUUGUGGAUCUAUUCCUGUUCAUAGUUUGCCGAAAUUGGCGCUUGGAACUGCAGAUUUUACGAUGUUUCCCAUGACAUUUCAUCCAAAGGAGAGUGCAACAAAACAGAAGCAUAAGGCUCAUUCUAUGAGCGGCACUCUCUUCCAUCCAAAAAGUGGUUCAGAGACUGGUAUCUGCCACAUUAAUAGAAACCCUGCUGAUUUUACUGUGCCUGAAGCUGGAAAUAAGUACAUGAUUGGUGGUGAAGACCUUAAAUUUGGAAGGGAAAAAGCUCCGUCAUCUGGAUUGGUAAAAUUGGUUGGGCACAAGCGUGAGAGGAAGCAUGCAAUUAGGAAAGAGCAUUCACGAAAUCGAACCUCAUGAGACUGUUACAAUUAUAUUUUCUGGAAAAACCCGAAGCACCCUCUUUGAUGCCCAGGAACAACACCCCAAAAAAAAAACAGAAAAGCUUAAAAGCUUUAUCAAAUGUCUGACUUCAAACCGGUCAGAUUUACUACACAAGUUGAAUUUUUUGGCCUUGAAAAAAGAAAAAGCUAGGUGCACGGUAAGGCCUGUAAAUAUUUGCAUAUGCCUCGACCCCUGCACAACCGCCCUUACAUUACAUGUCAACUGAAAUUAUUCGAUGUUGUAUGCUGGCGUUGUCCUGAACAAGUGUUUGUAAAACCUAAAUACUGCCCUUCAUUUGUACUCAAAAGUGCUUGUUUGUCACUUAAAUAAGUUGGUUUAUGCUCCAUUCUUGAGCCAGUUAUUGAGAGUGGAAACAGAACAGGCAAUUAGUCAAUAUAAGAGCCUUAUAGGGAUACUCUAUACCUGUAUUUUUAGUAAUUAUUCAGUUGUAAUUUACAGUUCUUAAGGUUUGAGAAGAAGAGAUAAACAUGGAUGGUAUCCUAUGAAGCCUGUGGGAUAUACAUAUAUACCUUCCAAAGUCGUUUUGCUGUUUUA